AUGUCGACCCAAAGAGACGCUUUAGAAAUUUUCUUUAAAGUUUUCAACUAUUACGGUUUAAGUGCAUUUAAAAAGCGUGAAAAGAAGUCAUUUUUGUUCUUCUUAUUGUUUGUGUUUGCAGUUCCUGGCAAUACAAUUAUUUUGCUUCUUGCCACAGCUCAAGCGACGACAAUUGAUGAAAAAGUUCGAAAUUUUCGACUGGUGCCUUUGUAUGUUGCCGCUCUAGUUAAAGGUGUUAAUCUUGUGGCUAACUUAAAAGAUAUUCUGGAUUUGAUUGCAUCUAUGAAGGAAAUGAUGAAAGAAAUUGACGAUCAGGAAAUUGUUAAACGAGCAAACGUCCAAUCGAUGAGAAUUUUAAUCAUGUAUUUGGUUACUGGAUUUUCUCCACUGAUAGCGACACAAAUAUUUUCAUUAAUUACACAAGAGCAAGUCAUACAAUUGCCAAGCCUACCUACUGGUUAUGAAUCCUUUCAGAUUUGUGUAUUUGCCAUCUAUUGGAUCCUUUACAAUUUUGGUGCAAAUUACUCAACUCUACUCUCAUUGUUGCUGAGCUUCAUUUUGUCAUACUUUCUGACCUGCUUUCAGGCAUAUUCUGAGUUCUUGUGUGGAGAGGACCAACCAUCGAAGAAGACUAUUCAAAACUUCUAUAAACUCAAAAGAACUGCUAAAAAAUAUUCAGAAAUCUUCUCUACAGUUAUUUUGUAUCAAGUUUGCUUAGCCAUGCUGACUUUGGCGUCUCAUGCAUUUGCUAUUGCUGAUUUGAAAAAUAUUUUCUCUGUGGAAUCCAUUCCAAUAUUUCUCAUGACAAUUAUAAUCAUCUUGGUUUCCAUCGUGCCUUGUUAUAUCGGAAAUGAAGUUCAACUGAACACAGGAAAAAUCAUUGAUAAGUUUUUUGAAACAAAUUGGUAUGAAUUACAACCGAAACAAAGGAAAAAUAUGAUUGUUAUGCAAUCUAUACUUCAAGAACGUCCGAUUCAAUUAAAAGUUGCUGGAAUUUUCAUCAUUAAUCUCGACUCGUUUUUCAUUUUGAUAAAUUCAACUUACGCAAUUUUUGCUUUCAUGAAGAACUUUAAAAAUUAA